AUGUUUGCAGAGGUGAUGGGAUUAAUGUGUCAACUAAUCACUAUCAUCAACAUCACCGGCGAUCUACAUGAUAAUAUUGUAAAACGAUAUUAUAAUUUAUUAAUCGAUCCGCGUCGUCCUCGUAUCCUCUUUAACGAUGAGGAUAGGGGAGGACGCUGUUUAACACUCAAUUUAUUUGAGGGUGUCGGAGGGCAGAUAAUGCGGGCUACCUUCGUUAUUACGGGAUUUUUGAGCGGUUGGUGGUGCGCAUUAGCACUCAUACAACCGCUACCACCACCAACGGAACAAUUAGCUGAUAAAAUUGAUGUGCAUCACAGCAGAUUGAGUAAUUAUGGUAAAAUGUACACGUACAAUUAUUACCAGGUGACACCGACGACUGUUGACGACAGUAAUGGACUGAGAGUUGUGAGAUCAACGCGUGUUAAGGGCGAUUCUUUGAGGGAGAGGCGCAAAAAUUGUCGGCGAAAAAAUGGCGGCAAUUGUCGGGGGAAAAAUUGGUGUCCCUACAUGGAUAUUUCGAAUCGAGCAUUUUUGUCGCCAACAGUGUUUGAGGGCAAAGCGCGCAGCAUGUCGUCGUCGAGAAGACCGGGCUCAAACUAUGCUGUGACCUUCGAAGUUAAGCAAGUUUACAAAAGCCAAUCGGGAUUUCAACCGCUGCGUAAAAAUGACAGUGUUAGGUUGCAUUUUCGUGAUAAAGUGCCCAAAAGUGUGGGCAAUAAGUCGUCAAUAUGCCGCUACGAUAGUCAUGGAUUUGGUGGGGAUGGACAGGGGAUUGAUAACUAUGAGGCCAAUAGGAUGAUUGAUUACUACAAUCAGAGGGUCAUUAGGGCUGAUAUUAAACGGGGUAAAGUGUAUCUUGUGUUUGUGAAUCGUGUGGGACCUAGGAACUUUACGAUUCUUGGUGAACCUGUGUUGCGCAGCAAGAAAAAUGAACAAGCUGUGCAGGCUGUUGUGAGACCCGAUUACGUACGAGAAGUGACAUUGUCGGAGCUCAGGGACUCUGUGGCGAGGACCCGUGAGAGGGUUAAACUCGUGUGUAGAACGAGGGGUUCACCACCUCCGCGCGUGCACUGGCUCAAGGACGGUGUGCCACUUAAUCCACGUAGGGGACUCAAAAUUCAACAUAAACGACGAAGAUCGAAACUCGUCAUCAUUUCCGCACGACCUGAGGACAGUGGUCGGUAUGAGUGCAUUGCACAGAGUAGUUCCGGUUAUCGGGCCUCUUUAGCUGCCCAACUUCUAGUCGUGCACGAUUCUAAGAUUCCAGAUACAACAACAUCAGCAUGGCCUCGCCAGGAGCAACCGUGCCCCAUAGCCGGUGACUUCUGCAUGAACGGCGGCACCUGCCUCUUCUUCGAAACGGUUGGCGAGCCGGCGUGCAGAUGUACAGAGGGCUUUACGGGUCUACGAUGCGAGACCAAGGACGUGAUAAGUACCGGAAGUGUGUACAAUCGUCAUAGAGCGCCAUUCUCAUGCAAGUUGGGCCUAUCAACAUCGUACUACUGCUAACGAAUGUGUCAUGGAACCCAAAUAUCGGUAUAAUUUACUUCACUUUGGCGUUCCCAAUUUAUUUCUUUCAAAUUUCAAAAAUAUCUUGUAGAUUAUUUUCAAUCUGAGAGAGAUAUUUAUAAUUAGAUAAUUCACCGUAACUUCUGUAACACGAGUUAAUACAAUUUUUUUAUUGAUACCGAGAGAUAGUCGUCGUUCCGCACAUCCGAUCCAUUGUUGUAAUGUUUUUUUUAAUCGUGGACUAUUGUUCACUGAAUAAUUAUUUUAUGUAUUUUACGAAUUACUAUCGGGAAUGGAGUGGUGAAUCGAGUUUGGAUUCCAGUUUUUUUUCAAUAUCUCGGUAACGAGGGGGUCCAGCAGAAAAUGUCUCUCGACCUUUUUUG